AUGGCGACCCUGAAGCGGCGGAAGACGGCGGAGGACAAAGAGAACUGCCCUGCCAACGUGUCAGUACGCGCCGUGAAGGGUGAGAAGCUUCAGAAGUCAGUCGAGGAGACCUAUCAAAAGAAGAGCCAACUGGAGCACAUCCUGCUGCGGCCGGACUCCUAUGUUGGAUCCACAGAGAAGCAAAGUGCGGAACACUGGGUCUUCCAUGAUGCCAGUGGAAGAAUGGAGAAGAAGACGCUCGAGUACGUGCCUGCGCUCUACAAGAUUUUCGAUGAGAUCCUGGUGAACGCUGCGGAUAACCUCAUCCGCGAUCCGACCCAGGAUACCAUCCGCGUCGAGGUCAAGCGGAAGGAGGGCUCCAUCAGCGUGUGGAACAACGGCGCGGGGCUGCCAGUCCAGAUGCACCGCGAGCACCACUGCUACGUGCCCGAGCUCGUCUUCGGGCAGCUCUUGACAAGUGACAACUAUGACGACGCUGAGAAGAAGGUGGUGGGCGGACGGAACGGCUAUGGCGCCAAGCUCACCAACAUCUUCUCCACAAAGUUUAUCCUGGAAACUGCAGACUCAAGGUCUGGCAAGAAGUACAAGCAGGUCUGGGAGAAGAACAUGACGGUGUGCCACAAGCCAAGCAUAACAGCGAACAAGUCGGAGGAUUUCACGCAGGUGACCUUCUAUCCGGACUUCUCGCGCUUUGGCAUGCGAGCUCUUGAGGAGGACAUCGUGGCACUCAUGCGGCGCCGGGCCUUCGAUGUGGCGGCGAGCACUCGGCAGCGCUGCAAAGUCAUCUUAGAUGGGAAGCUUUUGGAGGUGUCCUGCUUUCAGGACUACGUGGAUCUCUUUGUGGCACCGGAACAGUUCCGCAUUUCUCAGGUGGUGAACGACCGUUGGGAGGUGGCGUUGGGCCUCACGGAUGGCUCCGGCUUCCAGCAGGUGAGCUUUGUGAACUCCAUCAACACCUCCCGUGGUGGGACACAUGUCUCCUACAUCACGGAUCAGGUGGUGAGUGCGGUGCUGGAGAAGAUUGGCAAGCAGAAGAACGGAGGCGCAUGUUUUGCGGUGCCGCGGGUGCCACGGAUGGUUGGGGGUGGGGAGGGUGGGACGGGCGAAUGUCUGCAGAAAGAAUCGGAUUUUCAGACGUGA